AUGUCGAGCAUCUCAUUUGACCUAAAUGAGCUAUUAUACGCAAGGCUAGACAGUGAGAUCACAGCCCGAGCGAUAGUAAAGGACUUCUUGGAUGCGAAGUGUAAAGGGCUGAAGGAUUACGACUUCUUCAAGGAACACUUGCUAUCCAAAGGCGUAUGGUGCCUCCUAAAGCAAAGGGGCUACGCUAAUAGGAUGGUCAAGCUAUUGAACGACGAGCAGCAGCACCAGUGGACCUUCCAAGAAAUAAAAGAGCAACAAGCAACACCCUUAAGCCUCGAUUUAAGGUGGACUGCCGAAAACCUCACGAACGACGAGGAUAAUACGCCUCAACCACCUCCACCACCCCCACGAAGUCCAAAAGGGAAAGAGAAAGAAGAAGGAGAAGAGAUUCGGAGGUUACGCGAGGAAUUUGCGAAAGAGAAGAGGGAUAUAAAGCAAAAUAUAGAGGCUAUAGCAAGGCAAAUAGCGGAAUUACGGACUUACGCUAUCCAAUCCAACGAAGGGCUACGACGAAGCACUUCAGCGAAGACCCGCCAAAACCUAAGAGCAUACCGGACAAAAUCAGCUCUCACCAAGGAUAGCGUGCAGAUUUCCGUGCUUAACCUUAGCAACCCGAAAGGGAGAUCUAGCACCCUCGGACGUAUCGGCAAGCUACCCACAUUUCUUAAGAGGCUACGUAUCAACAAAAGAGAGAUUAAGGGUAUAAGAAUCGCUAAGAACGCGCUUAAGGCGAUCCUGACGAUAACCGACGAAAAGGAAACGGAGAAGAUUAGCAAAGAGAUCGAAGCUACGAGUACGGAAAGGGACUUCGGAUUCGGAAAUGAGCCUCUUAAGGACCUUAGAAAAGGAUGGACCACCGGCAAUUAUAUCGGUAACCCCUUACCGAUCCGACCACUAGCCAGGCAUAACACGCUUGCGUACGGCACUCCAAGCGCCUUUGACGAUAAUAGUGACGAUUUCCUUAAGCUAAAAGCAACUGACCCUUACCCAAAAGCAAAAGAGUUGGCUUUGUUUGCAAAAAGCUUUCUUAAGGAACUGAAGCUUCCGACGUUCAAAGCAAACGCUAUUGCUAUAAAGGACUACUUCGAGAUUAACCACCGGCGCGAGUGCUUUGAAAAGCUCGCUAAAGAGCUUAAAAGCAUUCAAGGCUCUCUACGACCAGGUUUAAAAGACGAUCGAAGUCUUGCUAACAAGCUGUAUUCAGCUUGUAAAAACGUGCUAAAGAUUACGAUUGCACGAAUGAAUCUUGCUUUUACCUCUACCGCGGCAGUUGCCGAUAUCCGCCGAGCAAUUGCAUUUGCAACUAAGACCUCUCGACCCGCCAAAGCUAGAGCUUACGCGAGCUCUAGCGAGCCACACGAUCACACCUGCUCUUAG